CAGUGAAGAAGGUGACACUUCACACUGUAACGCCUUCAUCUUCUCUCGCUCAAACCGCCCAGCUUCCAAAACCACCACAUCAAAUUCUCCACCACCACCGCGGUCAUGGCCGCUUCCGUCGAAGUUUCCGAUCGGCCGCUGAAAAUCGUGGCCGGAGCCGAUUCUUUCGGGGAGGUUCUGAAGGACGCGAUGGUUGCUCAUCUCCGCUCCCUCGGCAUAGAGGUGGAAGACCUCGGGACUACCUCUUACUACUGCGCCGGCGAGGAAGUCGGCCGCCGCGUAUCCGCUGCCGCCUCGUCCGGCUCCGACACUCACGAGACGCGUGGCCUCCUCGCUUGCGGGACCGGCGUCGGUGUCGCCAUCUUCGCUAACAAAUUUCCCGGCGUCUAUGCCGCCACCUGCCUCACCGUCGCGGAGGCACGCAAUACUCGCUCAAUCAACAACUGCAACGUUCUCGCUCUCUCCGGCAUGGCCACCGAUCGUGAAUCCGCUGUUGAUAUCGUCACCGCCUGGCUGAAUACUCCUUUCAAGUCUCCUUGCCCUGCAUCAGACAACGAGCCCUGGAACCCUGAGAUCUCGACUUUCUUCGACAAUUCUCUGGCGGAGAUGGCCAAAAUCGGCGAGAAAGACAACGAAAAGAAACAGAAUCAGCAAUCUAUUUGUUCACUCUGUUGCUUGGCUGGGAAUCGGCAACUCAAUCCUAUUGACAUAAUGCCUGGUUGUUCGAUGAAGAUUGUCAAGGAAAGCCCUACGUCGGCGAUCGUGAGAUUCGAGGCGGGGAGUGUUGAGCCGGCGCACCACCACACUUUCGGUCACGACUUGGUGGUGUUGAAGGGGAAGAAGAGUGUUUGGAAUCUGAGUAAGAAGGAGAGGUACGAUCUUAGCUCUGGUGAUUACUUGUUUACACCUGCAGGUGAUGUGCAUAGAGUGAAGUAUUACGAGGAGACAGAAUUCUUCAUCACCUGGGAGGGCGGCUGGGACAUUUUCCUCGACGAGGAUCUUGAGGCUGCCAAGAAGGCUUUGGAGGAGGAGUUACGUGUUAAUGGAUUGGCUUAAGUUUAGACUUAUUAGGUACUCGAGAAAGGGCGGACGGGCCCGAUACAUAGAGAACUCUACCAUGAACGUUACCUCAGUCGGACGGGGUUGGGAAGUCCUUUACCAGUAAGGUUUGGCAGAUAUGGUUCACCCUUAUAUUGGACAGGGUAUCGAGGUGGUAGAAUGUUUGGCGCCCAUUACCGGAAUGGGUAUGGGAAUGGCCGGUUAAAUGUUUAAUUAGUUAUGGGGUUCACGAGUAGGGGGACAUCCCUAUGGACCUUUAGGGGUACUGGUAAGCGAGUAAAAAAUAGAAAGUGAUCGUCUCUUA